CACGUAUCUAUUCUAACGCCACUUUUUUUUUUUUAUUACUUCUUACCUUCAAUACUGAUUCCUUUUUUAUAAACCAAGUUCUUAUUAAUAUAUAUAUGAUCCAAUGGAUAGUUUAUUAAGCGCCAGUCUAGAAUUAGACAAACGACAUCAAAAACACCAAGAAACAGUCAACUCUAAGCUUGAUGAUUUUCAUAAAACUCUUGAAAAGAUGAAACAAGAUAUUAACAAUGAUCCUUCACAAACAAGGUCUUAUUUGGAAAUAUUACGAGAAAAGGCACAGAAACUACAAUUUCAAAAGAGUCAAAAGGAUUUUCAAUCUACUUUAUCCAAGUUUGGCAAGGAUAUAGAUAAGAAAUUCAAACAGGAUAUCUCGGUAAUUUAUCAACCUGACUCCUUUGCUGGGAAAGAAUAUUUGAUGCAACGGGCAUUAGCAAUGCACUUUAUUCGGCAAGGACAAUUUGAUAUGUGUGAUACUUUUAUGACAGAAAUGAAAACCUCUUAUGGUACUCUACCUGAUACUGAUAUUGCAGUGAAUGACCCAGUUUUGAUUGCAGCUGUGGAUGACUUGAAAACACAAUUUCGGCAAAUGUAUAUGAUUAUUCAACAACUCGGACAAGAGCAUCAUUUGGAUCAAGCUAUUCAAUGGGCACAAGAGCAUCGACAAGAAUUGAAUGCACUUUCUAGUAGUCUCGAAUUUAACUUACAUCGAUUACGAUUCAUUCAACUUUUAUUAUCACAUCAACCUUUGGAAGCUAUCAUGUAUGGGCGACGGCAUUUUAGUCAAUUUGGUGAUAAGCAUUUCUCUGAAAUCAUGCGACUAAUGACUUGUACAAUUUAUACGGAUAUUGAAUCAUCUCCUUAUCGAUAUCUGUGUUCGCCAAGCUUAUGGAUGGAUAUACAACAUGAAUUUCAACGUGAUUUCUGUUCUCUUCUCAACAUGAGCGCAGAAAGUCCUUUAUAUGCCAGUGUAUACGUUGGAACGACAGCUUUACCUAGCAUCAUGAAGCUUCACAAGAUCAUGGCAGCCAAACGUGCAGAAUGGAGUCAACAAGAUGAAUUACCGGUUGAAGUGCCUAUGGAUGAUGAUCUCAGAUUUCAUUCCGUUUUCGCCUGUCCUGUCAGCAAAGAACAAGCUACUGAUAGCAAUCCACCUAUGAUGAUGCCAUGUGGUCAUGUCAUUUGUAAAGAAAGUUUGACUCGACUGAGUAGGAAUAGUCGUUAUGGAAGAAAUGCAAUGCGAUUCAAGUGUCCUUAUUGUCCAUCUGAAUCUGGUGUAGAUGAAGCCGUUCAAGUCAUUUUCUAAUGAUAAAUUAGUGAUAAACUAGUUGUCCCUUUUCUAUCUGUAUUAUUUGUCUCCCGAUUCCUUAUUAUCCAUUUAUUCAUUUGUAUACUGCUACUACUUAUGUCUCAUUUCCUUGUUACUUCUUAUCAUUCAAGUAGACUAGGUCAUCGAUACUUUGCCCCACACAACUUUAUAAUCCAAAUAAACUAUUCUUCUUGCUGUCACGCAUUCGUACUGUGACAUUU